GAGUCAAGCGGACUUUCGACACCUUUGUAGGCAACGACACGAAUGUAGGACGACGUGCUGCGAGUGAAGUGAUGCAAUGGACACUGACCCAGACUCUAAACAGGAUGAUGCCCAGCCGAUCUAGACGUCCAGUCCCGAACCAAACGUCUACGCACACAACUCGCUACGCAACCAAGACAACCCACAUCGCUAAGAUAGUACGCCAUACCCGCAGCAUAUCCGAUUGCCCAUCUGACUCAGUCAUCCCAGCCCAGAGGAACAUCCGCGAAGCAAAAGAGACCACACACAAAUCAGCCCUCCCCAGGGACGGAUCGCAUCGUCAGAAGAGUAUGCCACGUCCGAUCUUUCGUCGACACGCACCCCCAGACCUCGACAGACGUACGCGCAUUCAAGUCCACGUCAAGGACGAGGCCAGCAACGAGCAAACCAAGGACGCGCAGUGCCCAGUGCCGAUGAGAAGAGAUUGUUUCCAGGAUCAUACCCGUAUGCGCAUUCAAAUGUCAACUGAACCUUCUACCAUAAUUCGCGUACCGCAGGACGACUGGGCUCCCACGAGUAACAUGACGAGUAACAUAAAAAGAAAACCUCCAGGUGGCAGGAAUUUCAAGCCUGGAAACACUUUGAACCAAUCGGGCCCUGGUUCCUAUCCUCUGGCCACUGUGACCAGUCGAGGCGCAAAUGUCUCUGAAAGCGCUACCAAACGUCAAAAGACAAGUCACGGAGAUUCGCAAGGCGACAUUGACAACAUGUCAGAUCAACAGUUUUGGAACCGUGAUACGCAUGGACAACCCCCAGCCACACAUGCAAGACAGCCGAGUGUCAUCAGCCUAAACAGUCAAGAGACUCCCAGUCAAAGAGACAAUGCUUUCCAGCAUAACGAAAUUCGAAAUGUACACGGGACGCUGAAUAAUAGCAGGAAGAAAAGUCGCAAGCCCAAAGCUGGUGGAACACAGCCGAGCUCGCCGCCACACCAAUAUGGAACCCUCACUGACCCAGUUUCUGUCGACGAUAACGACGACGUUCAGAUUCUCGAAGGGCCGCGUGACCCAACUCGGUCUACCCUCCAGACAUUUGUUCAAGAGUCACCUCGUGACGAGGUCAGUAGCUAUUUCAGCAAGAUUACAACGACACCAAAAACCAGAGUACAGGCCAAGCCUGCUGUGCAGGUUCUCGAUCGCAUAGAAGUCCCGACGUCUCGCUCACCGCGCCUGGCCGCGACUUUUGUGAGAGACGAGGAAGAAUCUGAUCAGGCUCCAGCGCCGCACCAAGCUCAAUCAAAGAUGAGAGACAGGAUGCAGCCAACAUCGAAUACUGCCCAUAUCGUCAAACAUCAACCAGCCGUACAGGAUUCGAGUGAAGAUGAACUGUCACGCGAACCUACGUUGCAGUCGUCCGCUCAAAAGUCGAGGCGCCCUGCGACCCAGCGAUCGCCAUCUCCAAAGUUUAUCAAUCCUACACAGUUUACGACGAAGGGACGACGAAAGGCCGAAACUCGUGAGAACAUCACAAUUUUCUUGUCGUCACUACGGAUGAGAGCUGGCAAUUGGGAGCACCUUUAUCUCGUUUACUCUUGGGAACACAAGGCCAUGCAAUUCGACAAGAACGGUGAGGCGCUCUUACACAACGGUGUGAAAAUCCAGCUCGGCAGUCAACACGCCCAGCAAGUGUUUUGCAGUACAGACAGCUCAGCUGCCGUCAUUCUGGUUGGAGCCAAUGAUAACGAAGUCUCGCGCGGUCGGAUCUGGUUUGAGUUCUCUACCAUAGAUGACUGCGAUUUGUUUCUAGGAGCUGUUGAUCAUAUGAACAGUAAAGCUACAGUCAGAAAUUUGGACGCUUCGGAGACGCAUCUCACGCCAGCAGCCGAGACAACUGAUCUCGAAUUAGAGGCCAUGAGCCGUCGUCAAGGCAGAAAUUCAGUUCGAGAACGGACAUUGGCGGCACAGAGCGGAUCGCCCCUUCCUCCAAGCCAAACACUCGCACCACGAAUGACUCGCAGAAUGAAAUCUGACUAUGCCAACGAAUCCACCAACAAAGCAGCACCCGACCUUGCUUUGCCUCCGCCAACACCUCGUAUUAACCAAGGCACGCCUGUGAGGAGUAGCCGAAGACUCAAGAGCAAAGAUGGCAGUAAGGUCGCACAUGCUUCAGAGCCGGAGGUCGAACGAUGGACUGUAACACAUGGUGUUCCCAAGUGGGACGCUCCGCUAACAUAUCCUCCUGCUGGGUCAAACAGAACUACGGUUGAUGCUGAUGAUAUUGCUCGAUUGGACGAUGGCGAGCUACUCAAUGACAAUAUUAUCUCAUUCUGUCUGCGAGAGAUGCAGGAGAACAAUCCAGAGUUGAAGGGCAAAGCUCACAUAUUCAAUUCGUUCUUCUAUUCCUCUCUAACCAAUUUACCAUCGGGAAAGAGAGGGUUCAACUACGAUGGUGUCAAACGCUGGACAAGGCAACUCGAUUUGUUCAGCCAUCCGUUUGUUGCCGUCCCUAUCAACACUAACUACCACUGGUUUCUAAUCAUCAUCUGCAAUCUCGACAAGCUUGAACGAAAACUCAAUCUGGAUGGUCUCGGAGACGAAGAAGUAGAACCUGAAGCUGAACCACAACCGACCGUUGAGGAACCUACACAUUCUCAAUCGACAGUGCAGAACGACAUUGAGAUCCCCGAAUCGCCACAAGAGGCCAAGGAUGAUGGUCUAUCGCAGNGGGUGAAGCGCAUCUCUUUAGACGCAUCUCAAGAAGAGGAAGAGGAAUUUCCUCCUCUUGGCAAAUUGAAGCCAGCUCCACGCAAGGGUAAAAAGCAGGCGCCGCCCUUGCCGAAAAUGGACCCAGACACACCUGCCCUCAUUCUCCUCGACUCUUUGGGCGGCACACACGCUUCAGAAAUCAAGAACCUGAAGCAGUACGUUGUCCACGAAGGUCGCGACAAGCGGGGUCUGGAAUUUGAGUAUACCGAACUCAGAGGAUUGACAGCUCGCGGUCUGCCUCAGCAAACAAACUUCUGUGAUUGCGGCGUGUACUUGAUUGGUUACAUGGAGGCCUUCUUGCGCGAUCCUACUGAGUUUGUGCGCAAGGUCAUGUCUCGCGAACUUGAUCACAACAACGACUUUGCCGACUUUGAUCCGUCCAAGAAACGAGCAGAGAUUCGCGAGAGAUUGAUCAAGCUCGAAGAAGAGCAGNAGUGCCGCCAAGAAGCAAAGGAAGAAAGAAAAGGCGCGUCUGCUGAAGAUGACCAGCCAGGACAACAGUUCCACAAGCCCAGCUCCANNGGUCCAACUCCUACUCUCAAGCAGAUGAGCUCGCCAAUGAAACCCCUCGAGGCGCAAACAGACUCUAGGAUGGUCCAGAGCUCGCCCAUGAAACCACCGCCGCCGCCAAUGCACAAGCCGGGCCCUUACAAGUUAAAUCCCUACAAGUCAUCAUUGGCUCGAAGAUCUCCGCCAGUAGUGGAGCGAUCUAUCAGAGAUGAGAUGUUGUUCGGCGGUGAUGAAGACAACGAAGACGAAAGCAGUGAGCAUGCCAGAUCUCACGCUCAUGGCAACUACAAUUAUAGCCAAAAUGGCAUGACACACGAUCAGCGAAACUUCUUCAGAUCGCCAAUGGCAUUUGAAGACGAGCUUCGGCAGGCCGUCCAAUCUGCUCCCCAGGCGGACUGCGAAGGAGUACAGGAGCUU